AUGAAAACUGAGAGAGAAGUUAAGAAUGGUAGUGCUGAGGAAGAGAGAGAGAUGAAGCGGAAGAGAGUGAUGGAACGGUCUGCUUCGCCACCUCCACCGCUGGGUUUCAAUAACCCCCUUUUGCCGCUGGCUAAUGCUUACGAUGACGACGAUGAGGAUGAGGAAAACGAUAAGAGAAAAUCGGGAGCUCGUGCCAGUGGAGGGAAGGAUAAUGGAGCUGGGAAUGGGAACAAAGUCGGAGGAGAAGCUGAAAAGGAGCUCGAUGACGAGGACGAUGAUGAUGACGAGGCCUCCAAGGUGCGGGGAAAGCAUUCACGCCAUGUUGAAGUUCGUCGUGAUUGUCCUUAUCUCGAUACCGUCAAUCGUCAGGUCUUGGAUUUUGAUUUCGAGAGGUUUUGCUCCGUCUCCUUGUCAAAUCUAAAUGUGUAUGCUUGCCUCGUCUGCGGGAAGUACUUCCAAGGAAGAAGCCAAAAGUCUCAUGCGUAUACGCAUAGCUUGGAAGCUGGACACCACGUUUACAUCAAUCUUCUGACUGAGAAGGUUUAUUGUCUUCCUGAUAGCUACGAGAUCAAUGACCCUUCUUUGGAUGACAUUCGACAUGUUCUAAACCCAAGGUUUAGUAGGGCACAAGUUGCAGAGCUUGACAAGAAUAGGCAGUGGUCUAGGGCUCUUGAUGGCUCUGACUAUCUUCCCGGAAUGGUGGGUUUGAACAACAUACAAAAGACAGAGUUUGUGAAUGUCACAAUCCAGUCGCUGAUGAGAGUCACUCCCUUGAGGAACUUCUUCCUAAUUCCCGAGAAUUAUCAGCAUUGCAAGUCUCCUCUUGUGCACCGCUUUGGGGAACUCUUUCGAAAGAUUUGGCAUGCUCGAAACUUUAAAGGACAGGUCUGA